GUAAAACAAGCCACUAGGCUGUCACUCUCUUUCAUUCUUUAUUUCUUUCUUUCCUUUCCCAACUCUUUCUCUCUAUCUCUCCGAGUCUCUGUUCCUCGUGAAAAUCCACAUCCCAUUCACCAUGGCGGGGCCCAUCCAAAAAAAAGUGAUGUUGAUGCAGAAGGUGUCGUCUAUGUUCUGUCUACGUCGCGCUGUAGUAGCAUCCCGGUCUAUUACACCUAUCACGGCUCUGCCAUUACAACAAGUUCGGUAUGACAUGAUGGAGAUUUAGAAUAACAUGUUAGUAGAUAUGUAUUGACCGACCCGACUCUCCCUCCAGGAUGCAGACCACGAAGCCCAUCACGACACCGCUGAAAGUGAUCAAGCCGGAAUCCGCCCAGGAAGAACUCACUCGCCAACGCCUCCGGCGGCCUGUGGCGCCCCAUCUGUCCAUCUAUAAAUGGCAGGUGCACUCGGUCAGCUCCGCCAUGGAGCGGAACACGGGGAUUCUCCUCGCCGGCGGCCUGUACCUCUUCGGCACCUCCUACCUGGUGGCCCCCUGGCUCGGCUGGGAUCUGUCCUCGGCCGCCCUCGUCGCGGCCUUUGGCGCUUUGCCGGUGGCCGCCAAGGUCGCCCUCAAGUUCUUCGUCGCCUGGCCCUUCACCUUCCAUCUCUUUAAUGGCAUCCGGUAUCUUGCCACCACCACCGGACGCACGCUGGAUAGUAAGUCUCAAUUUAUUAAGAUCGCAUGGGCGGUCGUCGGCUCAUCGGCUUUGGCAGCCGCCGGUUUGGUGGCUUAUGUUUGAGGGAAGUGCUGUUCAUGGACAAAGUUCACUCCGUAGAUUCAUAUUUCAAAGAAGAAAGUAGUUGUUUCUGUAUAUGCAUUCAAAGAGGAUUAUAUGAUUUCUAGACAAGCUUUGCAGCAAGA